CCUUAGGGUGCGAAGGCGUCCAAUAAACAGGAACAUUAAAAAUCCGUGUGACCGGAUGUGACCGUAUAUAUAUAAUGUUAGCGCUUCAUAUCGCGGUUAGUAUCGAUCCAGAUCACCUACUCAGUACCAGGAUAGACGUAACCGAGGCGCCAUGUCAGUUAGGAGUUUAUUGUUGUGUAUUGUCAUCCUUGUGUCGACGUCAUCAACAGUUAGCCAAAUGCUUCGCGGUCGAUCAUCGGGUUUAGAUCUACAGAGGUUGUUGUUGUCAAGCUUAAUUGAUAAGCCUGAUAGACCCGAUUUACCGGACAGACGAGAUAUCAAGGACUCUCCUGAAGUGAAAAUUUAUACCAUCCGGGCCAACAACCCCAUCAUUAUCAGGAGGGCGCCCUCUCGUGGAUUACUUACCCGUGGUUUAUCAUCAAGCGGCCUGUCGUCUCUCGGUCUAUCGUCACGUGGUCUCCUGACAAGUGGUCUGGGAUCAGGCAGUCUCACACCACGUGGUCUAUCGACAGCUGGUCUCAUGUCAAGUGAUAUAGGGUCCCAAUAUAGGACACUUAAGUUACUAGGUUUACUGUAGAUUAUUAUUCUAUAAAGGCUGAAAACCCGUGGCCAGAUCAUCCCGGUUUGUCUAACAACAUUCCCAAGACAAUCAACUCUGACAUUCAUCUCGCCCAAACUCAGCAGUGACGGACAAAUAUACUUAGACAACAAAAUAAAAAUGAACUACAAUGUCUUCCAUUUAUUUAUCAUACAUCAAAGCUAUGGAUAUAUAAUACAAAUCAAUAAGUACCUUCAAUCUAAAGUCGAACGUAUGCUGUAAGGUAUCUAUUUGCAAGAAUAGAAAUAUUUCUUUAAUGAUAUAAAUCAAAGAAAAUAAUCCUCUUAAAAACUCUCACCUUACACGGUUUAAUAUGUCACUGUAUCAUUUCCCCUCACGGAAGUCCCUGUCUCUAGAAAUAUAAAAAAUAGGUCAAAAAAAACUAAAAA